AUGAACUGCUGCAACAAUCAGUGCAAGGUAGUGCUCGAUUCACUAGAGCCCUCUUGCUGCCCCGCAACGGAGCAGCAGCAGCAGCAGCAGCAGCCGGAAUUCCAAUGUGAUGGAACAUUAUGGGAUGAGUCAGUGGUCCAGCCUGGUCUCAGUGGGAUGCAGCUUGCCGGCCAACUCAGUACAAAGUCUGACAGCGACAUCACACCCUCACAGAGGAUCGCCUCUGCAAUGUCUCUCACGAUGAGCAGCCCAGCAUAUCAUCUCAUACGAGGUGUCUCGCUGCGAAAGACCUUGCGGCAGGCCAGGACGUUUUGGCUGACCGAUCCACAUUCUCGAAGUUUUUCAGAGAAGGAACAGCUCUACAAAGCUUCGGAGCCAACUGAUGCUUUUGCCAUGUUCAUCUCACACACCUGGUUGACACCUGGGAAGUGGAAAUUCUGGUCACUCAUGCUUCACUUUGGCUGGCCGACGAUGUUGGCGUUCUGGCUUUGCGGGGUCACCUUGGCUUUUGUGCUUUGUAUGGCAGAUAUCCUUCCACCCUUCUCCAAUUUGCAAGUUCGUGCACUGGGAUUCACAGGUGUGAUUCCCUCCGGCUGCUGGAUUCAAGUGGCCGGCUUGCUGGCAAACAUUGGAGGAGCUGUCCUGUUCCCAUACUUACCUAGCAGAAAGUCCGAUCUGUGUUUCCUGGAUUUUGUUUGCAUUGAUCAGGCAGACACCGACAGAAUGCAAGAGGGAAUCAUGUCCAUUUCAGGGUUUCUGUCAGCUUCUGCCGAGCUGCGCGUACUUUGGAGCGCACCGCUUCUCUCAAGAUUGUGGUGUGUCUUCGAGAUUGCAGCCUAUCGCAAGCUGAAUCCAGGAGGCAAGAUCACCAUGUCACCCGUGAAUAAUGAGGUCUCCGCAUUGAUGGUCUUUGGUGGUUGGCAGAUGUUCACCUUCACAUUGUGGAUUGCAAGGGCAGGGGUAGAGGGUAGCAACCCUUUAGUCCUGCUGGCGGUCAUGACCUUUGUUUUUGCACUCUUGAUGCCUGCAUUGGCCCUUUCGCUCUACAGAAAUCACACAGCCACAGCAAAAUUGAGGUUUGAGCUGGCAAACUUUGAUGUGAUGAAGGUGAAUUGUAGCAACGACUUUGACCGUGACUGCAUUCACGCCGCCAUCAUCGAGUGGUAUGGGAGCCUGGCGGCCUUCUCUGAACAUGUGAGAGGGCCAUUUCGAGAAGAAGUCUUGAAACUGAUGAGGGCUAGUGGAAGCGUGUCAUCGCACUACAUCAUUUGGCCAAUCACACCAUUGCUAUGCUUUUCGUUAGAUUCCUUCCUGGCAUUGUGCAAAGCGGGGGCGCCAGUAAAGGCGUUGGUGGCCUUCUUCUUCAGCCACGUCGUGAGCGUUGACUUGCUUUUUCUCCCAGCCGUAGGAGUUCUAUUUGGCCACUUGGCCAACAGUCGACCGGCGAGCGACUGUGGACAUGGAAGUCCCGCGCUCCAGGAGUUGAUGAAUGAGGUGGAGACCACGAUCCGUUCCACCCUAGAGCUUGAUGAGGGUGCCCCUUUGCCGGAGAUUUGCUUCACCUGCCUGGGUGGCUGGAUGGCCCGUGCCUCCGGCGAAGAGGAGGAUGAGUUCGCACAGCCUGAGCCCUGGCCUUGGGCACGCGAGGAGCUGAAUGACUUCUUUGGGAUUCUGAGCCGGGAUGCGCUGCGGCAACGCUUAGAUGAGCGUGUGGGUUUGGCCAUGAGCUGA